AUGAGUAAAUCCGGUCAUAGCAAUUGUGGCAGUACAAUAAUGCGACGACUAUUCAUACGGAACGAUCGCAUCAAAAACGUCUUCCAUCACAACAUCAUGAUCGGUGGACUACUUAAUAUGGAUUGUCAGCAGUCACACAACGUUCAGGAACACUACACGGACAUUGUGCAGUUUCUACAAUAUGUUAUCUCGCAUCUAGACUAUCCAUCAAAAAUUACAGAAAAAUGUCACGAAAUCGGUGUAAAACACCGAAAGUACAAAGCAAUGGGAAUGAAGACAGAACACUGGGAUUUAUUAGGAGAGGCCAUAACCGAAACGAUACGCGAAUAUCAAGGCUGGAAGAGACAUCGCGAAAGCCUUCGCGCGGCCAAUAUUCUCGUCUCUUUUCUAGUGGAUAGAAUAAGAAACGGAUUUUUACAACGAGACGUUGACGAGACUACUCCCAUUGGCACUCCGCCACCGAGACGAGUGAUGGCGUCAGAUCGUGGACGUAGUCGUAGUCUGCAAGAUGCAGAUAAUGGAAAAAUGCAUCGAAACUGGACAGACUCUUGUCCCUCCAUCAGCGAUGUUGCUUCCACUCAUUUAACAGUGCGACGAGUGAGUAUGCUCACGCAGAAACGGAGCGUACCCGCAAUGUCGACAUCAAGAAACGCUCCACAAGAACUGCAGAUGCAGUUCCGACGUCGACGCCUACCAGAGACUCCGCUGUUUGACGGAGAGGGCAUAGGUACUGAAAGAAGUGCUGCUACAGAAAGGCGCCGUCAAUAUCGUCACUCGUUUACAAACUCUUUCGAGUUGGGCCAUCUCAACAAACGCUAG